UAUUAACAAGCCCCCAAAAUCAUCACUGUCUUCUUCGUUUAUUUGAAAGUUGAAACAGAAAAACAUCCAAAACCCUAACAAUGGAGAUAACUGGACUUCCUCAACCCCCACAAGUCCACAGAAUCCCUCAAUUCAGAUAUGUAGACUCAAUCCGCUGGCUUCCUUCUAUCUCCCCAUUUCAGAAAUCUCUCAUUGUCGCUUUCUUCGAUACUGACACCAGCACUCCGUCCCUCGAAAUUCACUCUCUAAGCCCCUCAAAAACCCUCUCUCUACUCUCCUGCUGGAACCCACCUUCCCGCAUCUCCUCCCUCAAGUGCACCCCUUCUCUUAUCGCCGCUUCCACAUUUUCCGGCUCUCUCUACUGCUUCUCCACCGCCGGCAAAAGCCUUGAGUCUGUGGUUGCGGAGCCGCAGGUCUCGGUGGUAGGUAGGGACUUUCAUGUGGGGCCGAUUGGGGGAGUGGAUCUAAUGGAGGGCGGGAGUGAUUGUGUGAGUGUUGGGGAAGAUGGGAGGGUGAAUUUAGUUAAGCUUGGAUUUGAAGGUUAUCAUGGAAAGGGGAAUUGCAGGAGGGUUUUUGAUGGGAAUGGGUUAGUUUCAUAUACAGCUGUGAGGUGGGCUUCGCCAACUGAGUUUGUGACCGGUGGAUGUGGGUUUGGGCUGCAAUGGUGGGACCUAAGACGGCCUGGUUCUGCUGUUGCUCAGUUCAAGGGUAAUUGGGAUCAGGGAACAACUUCUGGGAUCAUACACUCCAUUGAUAUUCAUCCAUCAAGAAAACACACAUGUCUGGCAGGAGGUUCUUCAGGUACUGUAUUUGCCUGGGACCUACGCUGGCAACAAGAACCAAUUAUUCUUUCUGGGGUUGGUACAAAUGAGAAUAAGACCCAUUCAUUAUCUGAAAGUGAUGUUUGGGAGGUUCAAUACGACAGCUACAUAAAGUCUUCCAGCAGCAGUAUCUCAUCCUCACGGAUCUUACCUGCAAUGAUCUGUUCGGAAGAUGGGAUCCUUGCUGUUAUUGAACAAGGUGAGGAACCUCUCGAACUCUUGGCUGAACCAUGCGCAAUCAACAGCUUUGACAUUGACCGUCAAAAUCCCUCGGAUGUGGUAUGUAGUUUGGAGUGGGAGUCGAUAGCCAUAUUGUCGAGACCAUAAUUGCGAAUAGCGAACUCAAAACUGAUGGAAUGUGAUUUUUCCGGGCGAUUACCAAGGCAUCGCAUUGCAGAGCCAUGUUUGUGCACAUCUUGAGCAAUAUUUUGUCAUUGAGAUCUCAUUGGUGUUACCUCAUAGAAUUUAUGCUGGAUAGCAGUAUAUUAAAGAGCAUUAGUUGGCAUCAAGUGUAGAAUAUUUUGAUGUUGUAGUUGAUACGAGUAGAUGCAAUUUGAUAUUUUGCUUUUCUUGCAA